ACCGUUCAAGGUUCCCUCAGGGGCUCUGUGAAGGUUCACUGAUUCAAUGCCAAUAUGACUCAACAUUUAAUUUCCCUGCUCUCCUCCAUAUCAACUCCGGCCUUCGUUUUCCGGAUGAUAACUUAUUCCCCUUUAACGAUCGAAUCUUGCUUUUUUAUUAUUAUUACUCCCAUUUUAUUAUCUUGACAUUUAAAGUACUUUCAGUGCGUUUCUUCUCUUCCGGAGAGGGAUCUUUUCUGUUCCGCGUGUCAACAUGAAUAAGGACACCAUGGAUUGCUGCCCGCCGCCGUGCUGCCCACCACCGCCGCCGUGUUGCUGCAUCCCGCCGCCGUGCCGCCACGACGCCGACGACUACGAUGCGGAAUACCAGCACAACCGCUCCGCGAAACGCAUGCGAUUCGACGACCAACAGCAGCAGCAGUCGACGCAGGAGAAUAUGCAAGAUGACAACAUUUGCGGAUCGCCGCCGUGCUGUUGCCAGCCGUGCUGCCCGCCGCAAUGCAAGCCGAGUUGCUGCGUGUCUUGUCGGCAUGACGCGGACGAUGCCGUUGUUUCCGUUGGCAACAGUGCUAGUAUGCAUCGCAGCAGACAUGCCUCGCAGAGACAUCUGGGGGCGGCGUCCGGGCAACAGCAGCGGCGGCAGUCGACCACCAAGACUAUGCGGAUUGAGGAUUUGCCUGCUGGUGCACUGAUUGGCAUUGCCGGAGAGACUUACAUCGCCCCAGGUAGGCGAAAGGAAAGAAAACAAUGCCAGCGUCACAAGAAUGCAGCUUCCAAGUUCCGUGCACCCAUGAGGGGAAAUCCGCAAAGAAAAAUGCAGGAGAAUAUGCAAGAUGACAACAUUUGCGGAUCGCCGCCGUGCUGUUGCCAGCCGUGCUGCCCGCCGCAAUGCAAGCCGAGUUGCUGCGUGUCUUGUCGGCAUGACGCGGACGAUGCCGUUGUUACCGUUGGCAACAGUGCGAGUAUGCAUCGCAGCAGCAGACAUGCCUCGCAGAGACAUCUGGGGGCGGCGUCCGGGCAACAGCAACGGCGGCAGUCGACCACCAAGACUAUGCGGAUUGAGGAUUUGCCUGCUGGUGCACUGAUUGGGAUCGCCGGAGAGACUUACAUCGCCCCAGCCAAGAAGUCGACCCAAAAGUUGCAGUCCAAAUCCGCGUCCCGCAAGGACCUGGCAACCCGAUCUUCUACCCGUUCCCAGCAGCAGCAGAAACAACAACAACAACAACAACAAUCACAACAACACCAGACAACAGACCAGGUCAUGGUCUUCAAUGACGACUUCCGGCGAACCCUGCAAGACGACGAUGAUUGCUGUCCUUGCUGUCCUCCUCCACCUGUGUGUUGUUGCCCAGUGGGGAAACCCGUGGCUGCGGGUUGCAGUUUGCCUGCCCCGUGUUGCUGCGAUGUGACUAGUGGUUCACCUGCUGGUGCCAAUAACGAGGCUUUCGACGCCAAGGCCGAGUCCAAGGUUUUGCUUGACGAUCAUGUCUCUCAUCAUCGUCAGCGACACGGGCACGGGUGUUCCCUUGCUCGGGCUACUCGUCACCGACACCAUUGAUGAAAGAGAGGAACCUGUGAUCCCGAAGGAAAAAGUCUUACCUGACUGAAAUACGCAAGCACCCGAGAAUCCUGUGAAGAAAAGCCAAACAAAAAUCUGACCCAUGUUUCUUCUUAUACACCCUCGUUGUUACGCAGAUGAAAUUACUGACUUACACUCACACGCACAGAGCAAAAAAGUCAAAUUUUUUUUAUACCGAAUUCUAAAAGAUUUAAUCUACAAAAUUUGAACUGACUUUUCAUUUUAAUCUCCCACCGUUUCAUGGCGCGACGCUUUGGAAAAGUGCAUUUGAAAUGAAUAGCGCUUUCUCAGGUUA